GUUUUGUCUGACUUGCGGUAAACAAAUUUGAUGAAAAUGGACACUAAAUGUAAACGAGCAAAGUGGACCGCUGACCAGCUUGUGGCAGCUUUAGCAGCAUUCAGAAAUGGCAUGCCAGUUGCAGCAGUUGCGCGUGAGUACAAUAUACCACGACGGACAUUGCGAAACCAUAUUUUGUCCGGAAGUAGCGAGAAAAAACUUGGAAGACGUGCGUUACUUACAGAUCAAGAAGAAAGCCUAUUAUGCAAUCGUAUUUUCAGGUUAGGAGAGGUAGGGGUACCGUUAAAUGCACAACUUUUAAGAAGGAGCGUAUAUUCGUUUUGCGAGUUGAAUUCUAUCAACCAUCCAUUCAAUAAGAAUUCCCAAAUGGCUGGUAAAAAGUGGUUAAAGUUAUUUCUUCAACGACACCCAGACAUUUCAAAAAGGAAGGCCCAAGCAAUGAAUGCAGGUAGAGCAGCCAAACUUAACAAAGUCAUUGUUGGUGAUUACUUUGUUAAAUUACGUGAAAUAUUAGAGGCACAUAAUCUUGUAGGUCAUCCGGAAAAAAUCUACAACAUUGACGAAAAGGGCUGUCGUUUGACAUUACACAAGCAGCAACAGGUAUAUGGCAGAAAGGGGAAUAAGAGAGUUCAUCUCGUUGCACCGGAGCAUGCACAAAAUGUUACAAUUGUUGCUUGUGGUAAUGCAAUCGGCCAGGCUAUCCCUCCUAUGAUUCUUUUUAAAGGAAAACGCUGCAAGCCAGAGUGGGAAGAAAACAUGCCUGCAGGAACAGUUAUUGAAAUGACUGACAAAGGCUCUAUGACAUGCGAGGUAUUUGCUAAGUGGGUAACCCAUCUCUCAAAAUUCAAGGCCCCUGGGAAAAUACUUUUAAUAUUUGAUGGAGCGAAGUCCCAUUUAGAUGCGAAUAUAGUGGAUGUAGCCGAACAGAACGACAUCAUCUUGUUUUGCCUUCCAUCCAACUGCACGCACGAGCUACAACCACUCGAUAAAUCUGUAUUCGGCCCUUUCGAAGACUAUUGGGAUAAAGAGCUUCUUAAUUUUUGGACCACGCAAGGCGACAGAACUUUAAACCGUGUAAGCUUUGGACUGAUUUUUUCAAAGGUAUGGGUAAAGUCAAUGACCCCUGCCAAUCUAAUUGCUGGGUUUAGAGGAACUGGGAUCUAUCCUUACGAUUGCAACAUUCUUCCUGAAGCAGCUUUCGCCCCAUCUGAACUGACAUACACCGAACCCGAUGCAACUGUGGCUAGCGAAGACAAAGUUGACAAUGUAAGUGCAAGCAUUGUUAGUUCUAGCAACGAGCCAUCUGAUCGCGGAGUAUUGAACACUUUUCCAAACAAUGAUGGACGUUUAACAUUCCACGAUAUACUGGCAACACCUAAAUUGAAAAAAUCUACAACACCAAGACGCCAAGCAAUAAAUUCACGAGCUCAACGUAUUGUAAAAUCAUUGUUUCAGACCAAACGACAAACAGUUCCCGGAAAAUGUCCAAAGAAGAUAACUGAACCAAGAAAGGAAAUAAAACGAGCAGCUUCUCGGACACCAAGAUAUAAGAAUCGCACGGCUCCUCAGGCUGGAUCUAGUGGGAUAACAAAACAUCAUCAUGUAAAAGAGGAUUGGUCAUGUCCUAUCUGCAAAGAACAUCAAAUAAUAGACAUGAGAUUGUGUUCAGCAUGCAGAGUUUAUUAUCAUGAACAGUGUGUUGGACUUGGCAAAUGUGAUGACAGGCCAUUUGUUUGCCCUACUUGUGAUGAUUAGAGUAGAUUUUAAUGAAGUCCUUGACUGAAAUUUCUAGGCUUUCAUUAAUAAUGCCUCAUAAAAAUAUUAUUAUUGAAAUAACACAGUUGACAGUUAGGAAACAAGUAUGCCUACGUCCUUUGUUUAAACACACAAAUGUUUCUACAUUUUUCAUGCAAUA